GCCUUGUUCAACGAAUCAGCGUAGGGAGAUCUCUGUGACAUCCGGUUUGGGAUGGAGGAGAGGUGAGGUUCUUCGCCUAUUAAUACUGUGCACUGCGGCCCUCAUCUUUGCCAUGCUGCAACCUUCUCGCGACCUGCCAAUAUGGAGAUCUCCUGUGAGGUUGGUAAGGGCGGAAAGGACCUCAGCGUGGCUCCAGUCAACAAGGCCAUUUCACAUGAAUUUAACGAAGGGGAGGUGAUAGUGCUGGAUGGAUCACUUCGUGGCCAGCAUGGCUUCUCCGGAGACGAAGUCGAGACGGCGCUGCAUCAGUAUGUGCCCAACACCGGCCUCGAGAAGAAGCUGCUGCACAAGGUCGACUUGUCUCUGAUCCCAAUGCUCUGGUUGAUGUGUGUGAUGGCUUAUGUGGAUCGAAACAACAUUGGAAACGCGAACGCUGCUGGGAUGAGCGACGACAUUGGACUGUCCGACAACCAAUAUGCCUUACUAAUCUCCAUCUUCUUCGUCGGAUAUCUCCUCUGGGAAGUCCCCUCCAACAUGAUCCUGGCACGCGUCCGGCCUUCUUGGUACCUAUCCGGACUCAUGGCCGCAUGGGGCGCGGUAUGUUGCGCAAUGUCAAAAGUGAGGAACAGCCGCGACAUCCUAGUAUGCCGGUUUUUUCUGGGCGUGAUUGAGGCUGGGUUCUUCCCCGGCGUGCUUUAUAUCAUGUCCUGCUGGUAUAAGCGCAACGAGAUUGGCAAGCGAUUCAGCUUAUUUUAUACCGCCAUCUGCUUCGCAGGCGCAGCUGCUGGCCUCAUCGCCGGUGCUGUCAUAUCUGGAUUGGAGGGACAUGGUGGCAUGGCCGGCUGGAGAUGGCUGUUUCUGAUCGAGGGGCUCGUCACGAUCGGGGUGGCCAUCGCAGCAAAAUUCGUCCUGCUCGAUUACCCCCAUAUUCCCACAAAGCGACUGACGCCGGAAGAAAGGGCAAUUUCCAUCGCCCGAAUCAUGCACGACAAGCAAGAGGCGGCGGUAGGGAGGAGAAAACUGACCGCCUGGCAGAGUUUCAAAGCGGCGCUCGUUGAUCUGCGCGUAUAUCUCUUCAUCGCAGUAUACAUUACCCAGAACAGCUCGACCAGCAUUUCAUACUUCAUCCCCACGGUCUUGAAGAGCAUGGGCUACACAGGUACUUCCGCACAAUGGAUGACAGUGCCUAUCUGGGCGUCUGGCACGGCCGUACUCAUCAUCCUUCCUCAGACUUCCGACCGGUAUGUGGAACGACGCUGGCACAUUGUGGGUGGGCUCACUGUGGCCUGGAUCAGUGCCGUCGUGGGUCUCACCGUGACCGACAAGGACAAAGUGCGCUACGCUUUCAUGUGCUUGUAUAUUGGCGGGUUGUACCCAACGGCGCCACUGAUUCUGAGCUGGGCCUCGGAAACUCUUUCGCUGCCGGCAGAGAAACGUGCAGUAGCUCUUGCCAUCAUCAACAGUGUUGGAGCCAGCUCAGCAAUCUACGCCAGUUACUUUUGGCCCAGUUCCGACGCCCCCCGGUACACCACUGGUUUUGCCUGCGUGACAAGCUUCAUGGGCAUCUCGUUGAUAUUGGCAGCAUCUUUGCCAAUAAUCUUUCGCUUCCUGCCUAAAUAUUCCACCAAGGCUGAGCGCGAGGUGGAGAUCGAAGAGGAGCGCUGAGUCAAAU